AUGGUGUCUCCUACGUAUCUUCUGUUUUGUCUAGCAGUCUGCGCUUUUGGCAGAGUCGUCGUCAACACAGACACGGAGAAUGCGGCUGAAGAGACCACAAUCGCCAUCACCUCCCGAGUGAUUCAGGGUGUGACAAGCAAAAUCCAGAGGUGCUUGUCUAAUAGGAUUUGUCGACCCGCACUCAAGUCGUUCCAUGUUAUCGGGAGCAACAGUGUGAACUGGCAAGGCAGGAUACUCUCCUCCACACCACAAUCUCCCUAUUAUUCGUGCGAGUUAAGCACAAGCAGCAUCGCGCUUAGCCUUACUGAAUGCACUGCGUUGAACGAAACACAUCACGAAUUCCAACCUCUGGAACCAAUUCACAUGUCCAACUUCGUCGUUAAAUUUGACGUCGAAGAAAUCAUGACUGGUCGUUUUCACAUCGGCAAUAGCAGGCCCUACACCGAGAUCGUGAGUUUUCCAACCAAUGAUAGGUACACUAACUCAGGGAGCAUUCUGAAUCUCCUUGCGUCUUUCAUCAAUCAAUACUGCUGA